GUCUUUUCCGCUCGGCCGCGCACCCAACCCCAUUCAUGCGCUUCCUCUUCUUGGCGCUCUCGUCGUAUCUCGGUCUCUGGGUCGACCAAGUGCGCUUCAUCCCAGCUCUGCUGCCGUCGCCGUCGACGUCAACGACCGGUGGACGGUCGCUCGCGGACAAGAAGGCCGAAGCCAUUGCGUUCGUCCACGACCAAAUGGCAACGUAUGCGCUGCCGGGUCUUGCGCUCGCAGUGGUCUACAAGAAUGAGACCAUUAUUGCGUCCGGUUUUGGCACCAAGCAGUAUGGCAACGACACGAACGCGGUGACGGCUGACACGAUUUUCCAAAUCGGUUCGUUCUCCAAGACGUUCAUUGCGCUCGGCAUCGGCAAGCUGGUCGAUGAAGGCCGUCUUCACUGGGACGACCCGGUCAAGCUCCGCCUUCCGUGGUUCCAGCUCAAGGACAAGUACGCCGAAGAGUACACGACGCUCGGUGAUCUCCUCGCGAUGAACUCGGUCUUUGAAUCUGGCCAAGGCGACCAAGCAUCGAUGCUUGGGAUCCUGGACGAGCGUGCGUCGGUGUGUGCGGCUGCCUACCUCGAUACGGACGGCCGGCCGCUGCGUUCUGGCUACGCCUACGCCAACAUGAACUACGAGAUCCUCGGCCAAGUCAUCGAGUACCAGACCAACCAAACGUGGUCCCAGUACCUCCACGAGACGUUCUUCACGCCGCUUGGUAUGACCAACACGUACGGCGCCGUGCGCGAGGUACCGCCGUCUGGCGAUCUCUCGUUUGCGCAUUACCACUGCAGCAACUUGGUCGCGGGGCCGUUCGACCUGCGCACGUCGUCGCAAGGCAUGCUCGGUCCGACCAACGACUACAUUGCCGCCGGUUCGAUCGUCUCGUCGGCCGGUGACUUAGCGAUUUUCUCAAAAUUUCUGCUCUCGAAGGGCGCCGGCAUCUUUCGCUCGCCGGCGAUCCUCGACACGAUGAUCACGGGCCACAGCGUCAACACGAUGGACGCUGUCCUUGGGCCGCUCAUGGGCUAUGCGUAUGACGCUGAUGGCGAUGCGCUCACGGCCGGCUACGGGUUUGAUGCGGUUGGUGACAUCAUGUACGGGUACCAGUACUUUGACAAGGGUGGUGACACGUUUGCUUUCAAGACGCGCAACGGGUUCAUUCCCUCAGAAGAUCUCGGCGUCGUCCUCCUCUCCAACUCGGAAGGACGAGGUGGCGCGUUUGCUGACUUGGUGGUUGAAGACCGCAUUCGGACGUACCUCCUCGGCAUCUUCCUCGACGUGCCGCAAGCAACGCUUACGGCGACCUACGAAUCGGCGCUGACUAUCGCGAGCGCCUACCGUCCGCCGGUUGCGUGCGACGCUCACCUCUUCCAAGGUCAGCCGUGGACGAGCCUCGGGUCGGUCAUCCCGGCUAAAGACCAGUCGGCCUUGGUCGGGACGUACACUAGCAUCCAUUCGGCAAAGUUCUAUGGCAGCGCGGUGCUCUCAGCUGACAACGACACGCUCUUGCUGCAAUACGGCGGUCAGAAAGGUCCGAUGCUGGCGACCACGGGAGACCACUAUCUCUGGGCGAUCGAUGUCGCCGGUGGGUCGUUCAAGUCGCUGACUCUUCGCGGCAUUGGCACCAACGACACGCAGCUCAAUAUCAUGGGUACACCGUUCCGCAAAAUGUAGAAUCGUCAGUCCAAGCAUGGAAUACCAUUCAAUUUUGUGUUGUAAAAACUCCAACAUUUUUUAUCCCUCGUCGUUCUAUCUUGCA